AUGGUAGUUUAUAAACAGAUGGAUCUUGUACUUGUGACCCUUCUCAUUAAUUUGCUUAAACUGGAAUUGGAUGCCGAUAAGAAUGUUAAAGAGAUUACUUUAUAGCAAGAUCAGAUAAUAUUUGUGUUCCAGAUAGAAGAAUUAAAUCACUUGUUUCAUAUUUUGAAUCUACAACUAUUAGUGCUUAUUCUCCUUUUUAGUUUGUUCAAGAUUCUGCAAAUUCAAGAAGUUCUCCAUCUAUAAUUUUCACUUGUUCAUCUACUAGCUAUGUAGGAAAUUUGCUUUAUAGUGAGGGAAUGAGUUUAUAAUUGGCAACUUCCUAAUCCUUAAAAUUUAUUAGACUAAGGAUUACAUUUUACUUAAAAGAUUUUUAAACUGAUAAUAAAAUAUAAAUAAUAUUAGAUGACUAAAUAUAAGGAUAAAUAAUCAAAGACUCAUCUAGUUACACUUUUGAUAAAAUAACAACAAUUUAUAGUUCAAGUAUCACAUGCACAAAUACUUAUGAUUUAAUAAGGAUAGAGGCAAUUCUUCGAACUUACUCUAAUACUCCUAAACUUAUUUUAAAAGGAGCAUAGUUAACUUUGGCAACUUCGACAUGGGGUUUCAGAAAUAUAACAAUUGAUAGUGGUAAUUGUAAGGAAAAUUGUGCAGUAUGUGCAGAUUUUUCAACUUGUUAACAAUGUAACACAGAUUAUGUGCUAUUUUAAAAUGGUUGUGUCAGUGCUUGUCCAGUGCAUUCUGCUAAUUGCGUUGAUUAUGCAGAUAUGAUACCAAGUAAUUUAAAAUAAUUUAUUUUCAGACUCUCGCUACUUAGCAUAAGGAUUUUAUAAUUUAAAUAUGAGUACAUCAGAUAUAAGCAAAUACUUAGAUGAAACUGUUCCAACUGGUAGUAAUUUCUUGACGGGAUAAAACUUUUCAAUUUUUCCAACUAAAUUUGUUUUAGGGGGUGUAAUGGUAUGGAAUAAUGCAAUAUAUAAAAAAUCAUGGAGUAUAUCCAAACCACACUAUGCUGUUACAAUAAGAUUUAACGUCAUAUAUGGAGAUUAAUAUGCUGGAAAUUUUUAUUAUACCAUUUAAGGAGUAAAAUCAGUUGCUCAUCCCAAACCAUCAACAAGUGGUUAAAACAUUAUUGGUAUGAGUUUAAAUGAAAUAACUUAAUAUUUUGAAAUUUUCCAGAAUCCAUUCACAUCGUCUCCAUUAAAUAUUGAGUUUCAAUGUACAGAUACAACUGUAGAUCCAAGAGACUAAUUUUGCGCAAUUUCUGAUUACUUUAUUGUUGUUCACUAUGUAAAUAUUUUCAUUUAAUAUUAAGUGUCUCCCAUUUUGUCAAGAUUGCAAUGAUGGGGUUUCUUGUGUUACUUGGGAAUCUGGACAUUUAAAUGAAAAUUGCGAUGUUAAUUAGUUUCUAUAAUUUGAUUCUAUUUCAGAAACUUAUAAUUGUAUUACAUGUAAUUAACCUGGAUGUUUAACUUGUAAAAAUUUGGAAGAAUGCACUUCCUGUGAUUCUUCAAGUUAAUAUAAUACUUUAAUAAAUGGAGUUUGCUUACCAAUUAAUCCUCCUUCACCUCCAAGUCCAUCAUUAUAAUGUCAUAAAUAUUGUGAAACAUGUACAGGAGCUUUGAUAACUAAUUGUCAAACCUGUGUUUCUGAUUUUCAUAGGAUUUUAUCCAACAAUUAAUGUUUAUGUUAGUCUGGGUUCUAUGAUGACGGAAUAAAUGUAAUUUGUCUUCCUGUGUGUGGAGAUCUUUUAAUUGUUGAUGGAGAAGAUUGUGAUGAUGGUAAUUCUAAUCCAUAUGAUGGAUGUAAUGAUUGUAAAUUUGGUUGUGAUGAGACUUGCAAAGAAUGCUUUUGGGGAAUUUGUUUCGAUUGCCAAAAAGGCUUCUAGAUUGCGGAUAAUCAAUGUGUUGCCAUUUGUGGUGAUAAUCUUUUAGUGAAAACAGAGGAAUGUGAAGACAAUAACUAAACUCCAAACGAAGGAUGUUAUAAUUGUAAAUUUUCAUGUCCAAAUCAUUGCAUUGAUUGCUAAUUUAAUAAAUGCAUAAAAUGUGAUGAACUAAAUGGUUGGUAUCUUGAUAAAAACAUUUGCUAACCUAUUUGUGGUGAUGGUAUAGUGGCUAUUUAAUUGGAGUAAUGCGAUGACAAAAUUUAAUAAGAGUUUAAUGAACUGUUAAAUAAACAAUUUUGUUUUUAAUGUCAAUAAAUAUGUUAAGAUUCUUGCUCUACUUGCUACAAAGGAGAGUGUUAUUAAUGUAAUAAAGGAUGGGUUUUGAACACAAUUUAAAAGAAUUGUCAUCCAAUUAAUGGAGAUAAAUUAGUAGUAGGAAACGAACAAUGCGAUGAUUGGAAUGAGAUUCCUUAUGAUGGAUGCUACUUAUCCCAAUAUUCUUGUGAUUAAAAUUGUAUUGACUGUCAAAUGGAUAUUUGUUAUAUAUGCGAAUUUGGAUUUUAUUUGAAUCAAGGAGUGAAUUCUUGCGUUAGCAAAUGUGGCGAUGGAUUAGUUGCUAAAGAUGAGUAAUGUGAUGAUGGAGUUGAUAAUGGAUGUAUAAAUUGUUAAAAAUAGUGUCAGAAAGAAUGUUUGAGUUGUUAUUAAGGAUAGUGUUAAGAAUGUGAAGGAAUAGGAUGGGAAAUUGAUAUAGUAUCUGGAGUUUGUAGAUCUAAUUGUGGGGAUGGCAUAAUUGUUGGAAAAGAACAAUGUGAUGAUGGUAACGAAAUCGAAUUUGAUGGAUGUCAUUAGUGUGAAUUAAGAUGUUUAUAGUAAUAAUGUACUAAAUGUUUAAUUGGAAUAUGCUUAGAAUGUGGUAAUGAUGGUUGGUAUUUAUUUGAAUACAAAUGCAUUUCUUUUUGUGGAGAUCUAAUUGUAGUAGAUAAUGAAGAAUGCGAUGANAUGCUAAUAAGGAGUUUGUUUAGAAUGCGAUACAUAUGGUUGGCAAUUAAAUGAAAAUUAAUGUAUAUCUUUUUGUGGGGAUGGUAUUAUUGUAGGAAAUGAAUAAUGUGAUGAUGGAAAUUUAAUUUAAUUUGAUGGAUGCUAUGAAUGCUAAUUUGAAUGUUAAGUUGGAUGCACAGAUUGUUUAAAUGGAGUUUGCUUAGAAUGCGAUACGUAUGGUUGGGAAUUAUAUGAAAAUUAAUGCAUAGCUUUCUGUGGAGACGGGAUUGUUGCAGGAGACGAAAAGUGUGAUGAUGGAAAUUUAAUUGAAUUUGAUGGUUGCUUCGAAUGCUAAUUUGAAUGUUAAGUUGAAUGUACAGAUUGUUAAUAAGGAGUAUGCUAUGCCUGUGAAAUUGAAGGCUGGUCUUUAUCUGAACAUCGUUGUCAUCCUGUUUGUGGAGAUGGAUUUAUUAUUGAGGGUUUGGAAGAAUGCGAUGACGGAAACGAUGUAGAAAAUGAUGGAUGUUAUUAAUGCUAGGUUUAAUGUUCAGAUGGUUGUGUUGAAUGUUAAUAAGAUAAGUGUCAGAGAUGCUAAGAUAAUUUAUAUGUAUUGGAUAUUUAAACAGAAAAAUGCAUUCAAAAAUAAAUCAAUGAUGAUGAUCAUGAUAUGGAUUUGAAUAAAAUGUUGUUGGUUUAAUUAUCUAAUUUUAGAUGUGGAGAAAAUUACUUACUUAUUGAUUAUAAAUGUGUUAAUUAAUGUGGAAAUGGAUUAUUAAAUAGUUAAUAUGAAGCAUGUGAUGAUGGUAAUCAUUUUGGAGGAGAUGGAUGCUCUUCUUUUUGUAGUAUUGAAGAUUAAUAUCAUUGUGAUAGUUAAUAAGGUUCAUUAAGUUUAUGUACAUUUAUGCAAGCUCCAAACUUUAAUUUGAAUAUUAUUUCAGAUAAAUCUAAUUCCACUCAAACAGUAGAAUUAACUUUCACUUAACAAGUUUAAUUAAAGGAAGAAUUAUAACUUGAAGAAAUUAUUGUAUUUACUAUUACUCCUUAAACUCAAUAUGUAUUAACAAUCGUUAGUAUCUAAAAUAUAACUACAAACUUAAACUCACCUAAAUAUUAAAUUAUAAUUGAAUUUAUAGAAUCCAUAUAAGAUCCUGUUCUAUAAGUCGAUGUGGAGAGAAAUACUAUACACAAUUAAUUUUAAUUAGACUUAUAGAAAAAUUAAAUGAAAAUUAAACUUGGUACUCCUUUUGUGUUACCCGAAACUACUAAAAAAUAAUUAGUUUAGUUUGUUAAAUUGAAUGAUGCAAUGAUGUAUUCUAUGGCUAGCAUAUCAAGUUUGGCUUUGUUAACAGGAAAUGCAAUUAUGUUUUUUAAUCUAUUAGAUUUAUUAUAGUCAUUAUCUUAUAUUAGGUUUAUGAAAUAUUAAUUUCCACCACAUUUAUAAGAAUUCUUAAACACCUACACUAAAGUCUCAUUGCAACCAAUUUUAAAUUAUUUUUAGAUAGAUUAGUUAUUGACUAAGUUAAAUGGAGGAAGUAAUAAAAAUUAAGUGAAAACCAAUUUGAAUCAAGAUCCAAACAAUAUUUUAAAUCAACUUUAUAUAUUCAAUGCUAAAAGUUGCUAUUUUUCAGUAAUAGCAUCUAUAUUAAGUUACUUUAUCUAUUGCAUAUUAGUAUCAAAAUAAUUAUAAAUUAUCAUUUUCAAACUUGAAAAUAAAUUUAGAAAAAAUUCGAAAAUUAUAAAAAUGAUUCAUUUAUUUCAAAAAUAAAUUCAAAAGAAAUGCUUAAUUUAAAAAAUUGAAUACUUUUCUUUAGGAAUUUUUAAAGUAUAUUAAGCAAUACUACAUUAAUUUAUGUUCAGUGCUAUAUUAUAAUUUCCAAAUUAUAAUUUUGAUUCUCCAUUUGAAAUUUUCAACAGUAUCAAUGCUAUUAUUGGAUUAUUGUUUAUUUUAAUAGCUACUUUUCCAUUACUUUCAAUUACUUCAUCUAAAAUAAAAAACGAAAGAAGAUGGAAGUACUUUUAUUUUGAAUCUUAAGCAUCAUUUUGGGCCUUAUAAUUUAAGCCUUUUUAAAUUUACAAAGUCUUACUUUAUAUUUUAAUUAUUGUAAAAUUAAUCAACUAUCCAGAAGCAUAAUCUAUUUUACUAUCAAUGCAAUCAUUCUUAUUUUUAAUAUAUUUGAUUAAAUUCAAGCCCUUGAAAUCAGUUUUUGAACUUUCAAAAUUAAUAUGCCGAGAAUUGUUAUUUUUGAUAAUAACCGGAUCAUUUUUAUUUUAUAGUUUUGAAUUAAGUUAAUAAAUUGAUAUAAUGGUUGGGUGGAUCCAUAUUGGAAUGUUUUGUACUAUUUUGGCUUCUAAUUUAUUAAUAGACAUACUAUAAUAAAUUAUGAAAAUAUAUCAAAAUUAUUUGUAAAAGAAAGAAAAGGAAAAGAUUGAAUAAGAAAGAAAAUAUUAUUUUAACCAUUUACAAGGAUUCUAAGUAAAUUCUAAAGAUUAUUCAAUAUAAUAAUGA